CAUACUUUUAUAUAUUAAGGAUCCAGUGGAAACGAAACGACGUGACCCAUUUCCCUUCAAAUUUGUUAACCUCUUUUUACUUUCUUUUAAACGUUGAAAUCUGGGAACGAGUAAAUUCAAAGGAUGAGGUCUGGUCCCUACCUCAAGUUUAUUUAAACGUAUUGCAUUGUUGGUUACAGACUAAUGUCAAAGCAAAAGUGUGUACGUGACCGUGCGUGACCUGCAUAAGGUUGCGUUUUUGUUUUGAUUGUGCAUCUUGUUUCUCAAUUUUAUGAGAAGAUGAGCUGAAAUGGCCUCGUCAAAAGACACCGGAAGAAGUCUGCGUGUGAAGGCGAGGCGGCACUACAAUGAAGGAGAACACCAAGAUGAUGAGAUUGAAGGGAAAAGAACCUGGAAUCUGGAAAGGAAAAUCAAUGAUGAAAAGUUCACCACCAAAUGGGUCAAAAUUAUGAAUGGACAAGAUUUUACCAUCAAGUUUUUGCAAGAAGGGGGAUUUGAUACCCCCAUGCUGUUUAAGAGUACCGAAGGCCUUGGCAUGAAGGUACCAGGCAAGGAUUUCACAGUCAAUGACGUCAAGCUGCAUGUUGGGAGUCGGCGACAGGUAGACGUAAUGGAUGUCAACACCCAGAAGGGAGUGGAGAUGAGCAUGGCCCAGUUUGCCAAGUACUAUGAGAGCAAGGAGCGGGACCAGCUCUACAACGUCAUUAGUCUAGAGUUCAGCCACACCAAGCUAGAGGAGUUUGUCCAGGCGCCCAGUAUCGUGCGUCAAAUGGACUGGGUGGACAUUGUCUGGCCACAGCACCUUAAGAAGGAUCAGCGUGACAGCACCAACACUCUAGCUGAGAUGAAAUAUCCCAAAGUGCAAAAGUAUUGCUUGAUGAGUGUGGCAGGGUGCUACACGGAUUUCCACAUUGAUUUUGGUGGCACCUCAGUCUGGUACCACAUCCUUCAUGGUCAGAAGGUGUUUUGGUUGAUUCCACCGAGCGAGGACAACCUAGAACUGUACGAGAACUGGGUCCUGUCUGGCAAGCAGGCCGACAUCUUCCUCGGGGACAGGGUCCGAGAAUGCACCAAGAUUGUCCUGGAGGCUGGCUACACCUUCAUGAUACCCAGCGGUUGGAUACAUGCCGUGUACACACCAGAGGACUCGUUAGUAUUUGGUGGUAACAUCCUGCACAGCUUCCACAUACACCGCCAACUACGAGUAGCCCAGAUUGAGGACAGAACACAUGUGCCAUUCAAAUUUCGCUACCCUUUCUUCUGGGAGAUGAACUGGUAUGCCCUGGAGCGUUACGUUCAUACCCUGACGGGCAAAUCAUUUCUUGCAAAGCCCAAGGCAGAACAGUCCAUGGUUCCUCCUGUCCCGGACAACUCAGAUGAAGGAACAAAUGAUUCGAUGGAUGUGGAGAGUGAAGUAAAGGCCGAGGAUACGGCAGAGGACAUGGAGGUGGAUAAGAAAUUCCAGAUCAAAAAGGAGCAGAGCGACGACGAUGCAUACUCGGAUGUGGGUGGCAAGGACAGUGAGAUUGCAUCCUUGACGGAGGAGACGGGAGAUUUGGAUGUUGCCUCCCCAGCUGACACAGACAAAACGGAGGAGAUGGACUUAGAGAAGAUUGAGAGAACUGAGCCCGAGAACAUUGAGGAUCAAAAUGACGGCAGGCAGAGCAUGUGCAAAGUAUCAGUGGAUAUCCACCAAAGCGGUGGCAGCAGUGGGAUGCUGACCAACGGGGACCACCAUCCAGUCGCAAAGAGCUCUUCCAAGAACCGCGCCUCUAGCAUGAACGGUCUGAAAAUAAAAUCUGAACCUCCAGACAGGGACCUCCCUGAUGAAAACCAGAGUGAAGCAGAUGGAUCGGAACACUCGUUUAAGCCAACAGUGAAGACAGAGUCAGAACAGCCUGAAUUUAAAGUAGAGCCUGACGAAGAGGAAGGCACAUCAACUGAGAGGCCAAUGCGACCGCACGUCAGCUUGUGCCGGCAUGAGUUGAUAGGUCUGAGAGUUCUACAUCAUCAGUUGGAGAAUCUGCCUUCCAACAAGAGGAGUGUUCCAGAGCUCAUCACAGACCCUGACUCUCUGCUACAGCAUGCAAAGGAGAUGCUAGCUGAACAUCUGGAUGACUCCCAGCCGCUGGCUGUCACAGGAGAGGCAGUCCUGAAAUGCCCAAAGUCUGUCCAAGCCAGAGUACAUAAAACCCCGAAGCACAAGCUGUCCUGCGGCAUGCGACCCGUCUCCAAGCGCCUGUCUAACGGGAUCCGGCGCCGCCGGACGCGCUGCCGCAAAUGCGAGAACUGCCUGAGCCAGGACUGCCGGAACUGCCACUUCUGCAGGGACAUGAAGAAGUAUGGGGGGCCCGGGCGGAUGAAGCAGUCCUGCGUGGCCAGACAGUGCCUCUAUCCAAUGUUGCCCCAUAAUGCCGUGUGUGCCAUCUGCACCCGAGAGGAGCGGCUGGGGUCGUCGGGGGUCAAAGGGGACUCGGAGGUUAGCUCCCUCAUGGAGUGCCACCAGUGCUAUGAGAUUGUGCACCCCGACUGCCUUGCCAAGCAGUUGAUGUCGGAGUACGAGGGCGUGAUCAAUGAAGACCUGGCCAACAGCUGGCAGUGCCCCAAAUGUGUGGCCAAGAAAGAGACCCAGGGUGAAGAUAAUGAAGAGUCAAAUCAGAAUGAGAAACCGGUAAAAAGGAAGAACGAGGAGCCUAAUAUUGAAGAUAAGCCCCUUGAGAAACCAAAGAGGGGUCGGCCACCGCUGCACAGGGCAGAGGUCAAGUCGAGCAGUCGGCUGGGCAUGAGCAGAGGGCUUGGUGGGUAUGGCAGCACCAUGGGCUUCUACAAACCGGGUCUGGGUACCAGACAGCAGCUACUGGCAAAGCAGAAAGUCCGGCAGGCCAGAAUGCAGAGUCUUCGUGGAAAGCAGCGACGUUUUAGCCGAGACAACAGGGAGUCCGUCAACCAGAACUCUCCAACGGAGACAUCGGUAGCACAAGAGAACACACCAAAUGAUGGCGACCCCACGGAUAAACAGCAGGAGACUGUUUACAUGCAGAAAAAAACGCCUACCGUUUUCCCCAAGUUUGUGGUCCGCCCCCUCCCGACCACCCAGCCCCCAGAGUACUUUGCUCUGACAAGCGGGAGCAACCACUGCCUCUCAAGGGGCACCUGGAUGAGAGUCUUUCGCACGCUGAGUCAAAGUGACCUGUGUCGUUGCCUGCGCGUCUGUAAGACCUGGAACUGGUGGUGUUAUGAAUCUUCCCUCUGGCAUAGCGUCAGUGUCUCCAAGAUGUCUUUGGAUAAGUACAUCCUGGCAGGAGUCGUGCGUCGACAGCCAGUCUGCCUGGAUCUGAGCGGCUCGGACAUGACCAAAGUGCAGCUAACCUGGUUAGUGGCUCGCCUGCCCUCCUUGAAGGAGCUCCGCCUGGCCCAGGUGAAGCUCCAGGCCACCGAGGCCCUCUGCUCGGCCAGCUGUCCACAGCUGCGUCUGCUGGACCUCCAGUGGGUCAGCUUGUGCGACGGUCACCUGGCGGCCUUGCUUUCACCGAUCAAGGAUCACCACCCAGGACUUGUGGACGAUCGCAGCAAGCUGCGAAAGCUGCAGGAUCUGCAGUUGGCCGGUAGCGACAUCACCGAUUUGAGCAUGGAGGUCUUGGUAGAGCAGACACCAUUACUUGCCAAGCUGGACUUAAGCUACUGUGGGCUGAUAACCAGUCAGGGGAUUGCUACUUUGCUGUCAGAAGACUCCCCACUGAUUAACACUCUCACAGAUCUGAAUGUCUCUGGAUGCCACAAGCUGUUAGACACCUGUUUAGUUAGCCUAUCCCGUUGCAGCAAAUUAAAGAGGGUGAUUGCGUGCUCCAUCCCUAGACUCACCAAGACACAGUGGACAGACUGGGCUGUCAACAACCAGGUCAAGCUUGAACUGUAAAAGGACUGAGGCAAGUCUAGUAUUUGAAUCCAACGUCAAGACUGUAUGUCUGUAUUUGAAACCGAGUGCGAGUUUGGAGUCACUUCAAGCUUUUUUUCUUUCCUCCCGAUGUCCACAAGCAAGUUUUAAAGUAAUGGCACCAAUGGUCAGUAAAUAUGAAGUACAGCGGCAUUAUAAGCUGGAAGAAAAGGAUCAGGGUAAAGCAGUGGACGGCAUGUAUGUAGUUUGUAUAGUUGGAUGUAUUUGUUCUGACUGCUGGUUCUGAUGUCAACGCUGAUGUCAUUUUCUCACCCUCCCCAACGUACCCCCCCUCCCCCAAAAAUGGAAAAACCUUUAUUUUGAUUUUUCUGUGCAUGACUCAAUCCCACCUGCUGGAGUCAAACAUAAGAAAGAACACUGGUGGGGGAUUCAUUCAUCUUGGGGUGGGGGGGGCAGGCUAGGAGAGGCAGAAAAACUCUCAUGCUGCUGUCUGGAGUCAGUCUGAAUGGCAUCUUUAAGAUGCAAGACUUCCAUCUUCAAAACUCCUUAGGUGGAAAUUAUAAAUCACAGCAACAAUCACGGCAAACAUUUUUGAAAUACACCUGUUUAUUGAAUAAACGGUUGGUUUUCUUGGCAGAAUAAUUUCACCUAAGCUUUCACAAAAUUGGCUGUUUUAACGGGUAUAAAAUUAAAUUCCUUAGAAGUGCAUAGAUCUUUAAAAAUUUGCAUAGUACAUAUUCAUUUUUUCAAUCAAGUCACUCAUUAAAUCUGGUUAUGAAAGAACUGGUAUCAAAAUUUAUACAAAAAGUCUGGAUAGACACAAGAAAAGUGAUUACCACAAGAUCCUUUUUAUGACUAAGUUCUCUCUUCUAAUGUUUAUUAUUUAAAAUCACCCCUCUAAUCCCUCUUACAAAAUAUUUUUGACAAACAUACCUUCACAGUUUCUUUAUAAACACUUUAGAAAUCAUUUAUCCUCAAUAGAGAUCACAAUCUCAAAGGCCAAACUUACGAUGGAAAUAAAAAUCAGAUAAUUCAAUAAAAAGUGCUGCAGAAAAGAGUUUAUUAAAACAGGAAGUCGAAAUUUGUCUUUGACAAACCUGAUUAAGCAUGUUAUAUUUCAGUUCCUCCAAUAAGAUCUGAGAAAGUACUGUUAAGUUGCUGAAAUUCUUUACAGUCUGGAAUACCUGGAUUGCGUUGUGCAUUGCUGAUGUACAUUCAAAAUGAAACACAAAAACCACAACUAGUGCAUGUGGAGUGAUGCUUUU